AUGAAAAAUAUAAUUAGUAUAAUUAAAUAUAAAUUCGCAACAAAAAAAAUAAUAGGAUUGGGAAGUCCCUUAUUAGAUAUUUAAGCAGAAGUAUCUUAAGAAUUUUUGUAAAAAUAUGGAUUAAAAUUAAACAAUACAUUUUUUGCUGAAGAAAAGCAUCUUCAAUUGUAUGAGGAAUUAUUAUAAAUUCCAACUCAUUCUCAUGUUCCUGGAGGUAUUUAUUUUGAGAAAUCAUAGGGUCUGCAUUGAAUACAAUUCGAUUGGCUAGAUGGAUGGCUUAAGCAUAAAGAGAUGAAGUAAAAUUUAUUGGAUGUGUUGGAAUGAGAGAUAAAUUUGCAAAAAUGUUAAUAGAAUCAACAAAUUAAGAUGGAAUAACAGCAUUAUUUGAUGAAUAACAAUAUCCAACUGGAAAAUGUGCAGUACUUUUAUGCAAUAAAGAUAGGUAUUGAAUAUAAAAAUAAAUUUAGAUGUUUAAUUCCUUUAAUAGGGGCAUCUGCACAUUUAAGUAAAGAAUUUGUUGAUAAGCAUAUAGAGGAAGUUAAAACAGCUGCAAUAUUAUUUUGCGAGGUUUAUUUUUUAUAUCCAAGAGCAGAAUUAACAAAAUAUGUUUUUAAAGUUGCAUAAGAAAGUAAUGUAAAUACUUGCCUCUCUUUGUCUAGUGUAAAUGCAGUGAGUGAUAGAUUUAAUGAAAUUUUAUCAAUUUUACCUUAUAUUGAUUAUUUAUUUGGAAAUGAAGAAGAAGUAGGUUAAUUUGGAAAAAACUUUGGUUGUAAAGGUAGUCUAGAAUAGAUUAUGCAAAAGAUAGCAGCUUUUAAUAAAGUAGGUGUUAGAGAUAGAGUUGUUGUUUGCACUUAAGGUCAUAAACCUACAUUAAUUGCUUCAAAAAAUGAUUUUUUAAAUGUAAUUGUAGAAACAGUAGAUUCAUCAAAAAUUGUAGAUACAAACAGUGCUGGAGAUUCAUUUUGUGGAGGGUAUUUAUUUAAAAUAUUUAAAAAUAGAUUUAUAGCUUAAUUAUUAAAUGGACCUGAUCUAAUUAAAUGUGCCAAAGCUGGAAAUUAUUCUGCAGCUUAGACUAUUUAACAUGAAGGGAGUACUAUACCAAAGUAUCAACCAGAUUUUAAAUGUUGA